AUGUGGUACGCGAUUUCUCGACCAAGCGAGUAUCUCGUGCUCACUGGAGCCGGGAUUGACGACAUCAAAGUAUGCAAGAAGGCAUUUGUGUGGCCACUUCAACGGUGUUCGAGGAUAUCUGUAGCACCGUAUGAUUUCUCGCUUAGCCUUCAGGCUAUGACAAUCGAGAAGCUGCAGUUUUCUCUGCCAGCAGUGUUUACCAUCGGCCCUGAUAACGAGCAAGGCGCACUCAGAAAAUAUGCGCUGCUUCUUUCGGGCUGCACAGACGAGGCUGAUCCUACCCAGAAGAAGGAUCUGAACAGCAAAGCAAAGCAGAACCAUGUACAGGAUAUUGUUCGAGGAAUCAUCGAAGGUGAAACACGAGUGAUCGUUUCUAGCAUGUCCAUGGAGGAGAUCUUCAAGGAGAGACAGAUAUUUAAGACGAAAGUGAUCGAGAACGUUCAAAAUGAACUCCAGCAGUUUGGCCUGAGAAUUUAUAAUGCCAACGUAAAGGAGCUUCAAGAUACCCCUGGAAGUGAAUAUUUUGCUUUCCUGAGCCGAAAGGCUCAUGAGGGAGCCCUCAACCAAGCCAAGAUUGAUGUUGCCGAGGCACGAAUGAAAGGAGAAAUUGGAGAGGCAGAGAAAAAGGGCAGAACCAAGCAGGAGAUCUCCAAGAUUGACGCCGACACUGCUGUUCUAGAAACAAAGCGCAAGGCGGAGAAGGCCAAGGCAGACUCAGAGCUUACGAACCGCAAAACAGAACUGGAUGCUGACGUCCAACUCAACAAGAUCGCAGCUCAGCGUCAGACGGAAAUGAGAGACGCUGAGUUGCAGAAACAAGUGCAAAGCAAGCGCGCAGAGACGGAGUUGGAGCGUCUCAGAGCCGAGCAGGUCACAAAAAGCAAGGUUGAGCGUGAGUCUUCCCAGGAAGAGGCCGACGCUGCCUUUUAUACGGAACAGAAGGCGGCGGAUGCAGAAUUGUAUAAGAGCAAAAUGGAAGCAGAUGCAACCUAUUACCGCCAGAGCAAAGACGCAGAUGCAGCUUUCUAUACUCAAAAGCGAGAAGCCGAAGGAAUCCUCGAGAUGGCAAAGGCAUAUGGUGCGCUC